AUGGCGACCGUCGAAGCUCCUGCAGCUGCUCCAGCUGCUUCCGCCCCCUCAACAGCGCCCCCUCAGACCAGCAGCAACGGCGCCAAUGGCAACAGCCGACCCAAGAGGCCGAAUCCCGGCGGCAGCAGCAGCAGCAGCCGCAACUGGAAGCAGAAGAAGACGAAGCGCGAAAAGAACAUCACCGAGGGCUCCUCCGAAGAAGUCCUGCGCCACGACAUCGAGGCGCUCCUAGCAUCGCGCAACAAGUCCGAAUCCAACGACGGCGAAGCAGCCACCGCCGCCGAUGCGCCAGAAGAAGCCCUGCCGGCUGAGGGCACCGAGACCGAGGUCGAGGUCCUCGAGCUCUCCUCCACCGGCGACGGCCUCGCCAUGCGGCCCGGCUCCGACCAGGUCUACGUCGUGCCCUUCACCGUGCCCGGCGACGUCCCCUGUCGAGAGUUUCACGCCGAAGCCCGGCGGGAACAACAACAACAACGCGGCCACGCCCGCCUUCGGCCCCCCCGGCAGUUUCACGCCGCAGUCGAACCACGCCAUCGGCAUGACGUCGCCCGACGGCUGCCACAGCUCGUGCCGCCCGUGGUCGAGCCGCCCGUCCAACCGCUUCAACGCCUUCCGGAACAGCUGCUACCGCGCGAACGCCGCCUCGACGAGGCGCAUCAGCUCGUAGACCUUGACCGUCGGCGGCGUGCUCCGCUUCAUGAACGUGACCUACGCCCGCAGCAGCGCGUCGCCGCUCCCGAACUGCUGCCUCUGCUUCAGCCGCUGCCAGACGAAGAGCGCCGCCGGUACGCCCUCGACGACCCGGCCGCCCCUUCGCAGGAAAACCUCCCGCCUUACACCGUCCGCGCCGAGAGCGAGUUCGGCAUCGACAUCAAGACGUGCGAGACGGACUCCAAGGCCACCACGCACGAGUACAUCCGCGACCACCACUUCACCAACCCCGCCGGCUCCUUCUUCCAGAACAACAACUCCAUCCUCCCCAUCUUCACAGACUACAUCAAGCAGCACGUCCUGCCCCCCGCCUCGCCCUCGUCCUCAUCUUCAUCUUCAUCUUCAUCUCCAUCAUCGGAAAUCAAGUACCUCAUCGACGCCUACUCCGGCUCCGGCCUCUUCACAAUCACCCUGGCCUCCGUCUUCCAGCACUCCACGGGCAUCGACAUCGCCGCCGACUCCAUCGCCUCCGCCCGCCAAAACGCCGCCCUCAACGGCCUCGGCGAGGACCGCUGCCGCUUCAUCGCCGCCGACGCCGGCGAGCUCUUCAAGAGCGUCGAGUACGACCCCGACCAGACCACCGUCAUCCUCGACCCCCCGCGCAAGGGCUGCGACGCCGACUUCCUCGGCCAGCUGCGCCGCUUCGGGCCCAGGAGGGUCGUCUACGUCAGCUGCAACGUGCAUACGCAGGCGCGCGACGUCGGCGUCUUGGUCAGGGGCGAAGGGGAGGGCAGGCGAUAUGAGAUUGAGAGCUUGAGGGGUUUCGAUUUCUUUCCUCAGACGGGGCACGUUGAGGGCGUCGCCGUGCUGAACAGGGUGGAUAGUUAG